GCACGUGACGGUGAUAAGGAGGAGGCAGCUAUCUCUGCCCAUAAACUCAUUUUUGGUUUCUGCAAGAUCAGAGGUAUUUAAGAAGAUGUUUGAAUCAGACAAAUGCAAGGCUUCGUCCGUGUUGGAGACAAUCACUCUCUCGGAUCUGAAACCAGAAGAGUUAGAAGCUUUCGUUGAGUUCAUCUAUACCGACGGCUCUAUGCUUUCACAAAAAGCGAAGCAACAUGUUACGUCACUCUAUCGUGCGGCCGACAAAUAUGAGAUUCCGCAU